UAUCGCGCCACGUCUUAUCGUCUCUCUCUCUCGCUCUCUCUCCUGGUUUUCACUCGUCAUGGAGUCUCUUUCCAUAGGCCUCUCGUCUUCCCCACCUUUCAUAAACCACCGUAAAACCCUAAAACUCAUCUCAAAAUCCAAUUUUGUGCCCCCAAAACCCCUCCCAAACCGCAUUACCUUCUUCAAUUCCAUUUCCCAUUCCAUCAAUUCUCAUCGAACUUAUUUUCCUUUGACCAAGAAAACCGCCCUGAUGCCCCAAACACACACUGAAAAUGAGGAAUCAAAUCAAACUUCAUCAACCCAUAUCUCCAAUCUUUCAACGAACCACCUAAUUUUCCAAAAUGUUUCUUCUUUCCAAACUUUUUUGAGAACUCAAAUCUCUUUUAUUUGUGUGGGACUUUCCUUUCCUCUUUCUUGCUUUGCUUCUGAGACCACUGUAUCCACUGAAGAAGUAUCCAACAAAAUUAACUUAGAAGCAAUUGUGGUCUCUGUUGAUGAUUUUUUCAACAGGAACCCAUUUUUUGUUGCUGGUGUUACUUUCAUUUGGUUGGUUGUCAUCCCACUAACCCAAGAGUACUUGCAGAAAUAUAAGUUUGUCUCGGCCAUUGAUGCCUUUCGGAAACUUCGGGAUGACCCAAGUACUCAGCUGUUAGAUAUCAGGGACAAGAAGAGUUUGGGCUAUUUGGGUUCACCCAACUUGAAAAUCUUGAAUAAGGGUGUGGUGCAGGUUGAGUUCUCUGAAGGAGAUGGAGAAGGUUUUGUGAAGAAGGUGUUGGAGAAAUUUAGGGAGCCUGAAAAUACUACAAUUUGUGUUCUAGACAAUUUUGAUGGUGACUCAAUGAAAGUGGCUGAAUUGUUGGUCAAAAAUGGAUUCAAAGAGGCUUAUGCAAUUCGUGGUGGGAUUAGAGGCAAGAAGGGUUGGCAGGCAAUACAGGAAACCCUUCUCCCUCCAUCUGUGCAUAUUUACCCCAGCAAGAAGGUCAAAAUGUCAAAGCAGCUUGAGACAAAUGGAGUGGUGAAGCAGGCAAAUGAAGUUAACAAGAAGUACUCCUCUGUUAUCACUCCCCUUGAGGGCAGAAGUGAACAAAUGGACAAUGGAUAUGUUAACAAAUCCAUUAAAUCCACCCCACUGACAAAUUGUGCUCGGAGAUCAUCAUCGCCCUACCCAAAUUACCCAGAUAUGAAACCACCGUCUUCUCCAACUCCAUCAAAGCCUCAAAAUUGAGGCCGAGUCCAUCACUUUGGUCCACCUUCUGAUGCUUGAGGCCUCAUUCUAUCCGCAGAAGCUGGCAACUUUUCUUCAUCUUAAAUCAGUAAUUUUGUUCAAUUUUGACAUUAUUAUUUUCCAUUGUAUAUGUCGAUUUGUGGAGAGAACACAGUGAACAACUUGGUUGUUCGUUUUCGUGUUAGAGUUAAUGGCAACUCUGGGAAUUACAUGGGAGUUUUGGUUACUGGUUGUAAAAGUUAUGUGUUAUUUAUUGUACAAAUCUUGUGCCAAAGGCAUGCCAGUGACAUGAACCUUGCUAGUAUUAGCUCCUAAUAACUGCCUAAGCUUUUCUGGGUGGCGCUUCAUGAAUAAAUUGUACAGUGAGACUAUAUAGGAAGUGUAGUA